CCAGCAGCAGAGUUCGUUUUUUCAUCACACAGAAAAGAUUGUUAGCGCUGCCAUUAACUCGCCUACAGUCAGAAUUUAACCAGCAGCUGGAAAACUCAACUGAAGCAUGUCUCUAAACGUGGAAACGAAGCAAACUACACCAUAUGAAGGCCAAAAACCAGGCACUAGCGGACUACGCAAAAAAGUGAAAGUAUUCACGCAGCCCAACUACACGGAAAAUUUUGUACAAUGCAUUCUGGAAGCUAAUGGUACAGCUCUGGUAGGGUCAACGUUGGUUGUAGGAGGCGAUGGGCGUUACUACUGCAAGGAGGCAGCUGAACUCAUUAUUCGCAUCUGUGCAGGCAAUGGAGUGGCCAAGCUGCUGGUGGGUCAGAAUGGGAUACUCUCUACGCCUGCCGUCUCCAGCUUAAUACGCCACAACAAAGCGCUGGGUGGUAUUGUGUUGACUGCGUCCCACAAUCCUGGCGGUCCGGAAAAUGAUUUCGGAAUUAAGUUUAACUGUGAGAAUGGAGGACCUGCGCCCGAUGCCUUCACCAACAAGAUUUACCAACUUUCGACUACUAUAAAGGCUUACACACUGGUGCCAAGCUUGCAGAUUGACAUCUCAAAGGUGGGCGUCAGCAACUACGACAUUGGCGGCAAGCCUUUUGUGGUGGAAGUCAUUGACUCUGUAGCUAACUAUGUACGUCACAUGGAGGAGAUCUUUGAUUUCGGCAAGCUGCACGAUUUUGUAAGCGGCCAAUCGAAUGGAAAGCCCCUAAAGAUGCGCAUCGACUCCAUGAAUGGUGUAACCGGUGCCUAUGUGCGUGAGAUCUUUCUGAACCGUUUGGGUGCUACGGAGACAUCUGUGGUUCACACCACUCCACUGCCCGACUUUGGGGGACUUCAUCCAGAUCCAAAUUUAACUUACGCUAAGGAUUUAGUGGAGACUGUGGCCAAAGGUGAUUAUGAUAUUGGCGCUGCUUUUGAUGGCGACGGCGAUCGCAACAUGAUAAUCGGUAGCAAGGCCUUCUUUGUAACGCCCAGCGACUCUUUGGCGGUCAUAGCGCAUUAUCUCGAUGCAAUCCCGUAUUUCCAAAAGAAUGGGGUACAAGGCUUUGCACGCAGUAUGCCCACUGCCUCAGCUGUUGAUCUAGUAGGCAAAAAGCUGGGAAAAGAGGUAUUCGAGGUACCCACCGGCUGGAAGUAUUUUGGUAAUCUUAUGGAUGCAGGACGUCUCUGUCUGUGUGGCGAAGAGAGUUUCGGCACUGGCUCCAAUCACAUACGAGAGAAAGAUGGUAUUUGGGCGGUGCUCGCUUGGAUUUCCGUUAUGCAACACACUGGCAAGAGCAUUGAGGACAUUCUAAAGCAGCAUUGGUCCGUCUAUGGACGCAACUACUUCACACGCUACGAUUAUGAAGAAUGCGAUUUGGAACCCUGCAACGAAAUGAUGGCCACUAUGGAGAAAAACAUCACAGCUGCAGAAUUUGUCGGCAAGAGCUUUUCCAGCGAGGGCAAGACCUAUAAAGUCAAGGAAGCGGAUAACUUCAGCUACACAGAUCCCGUGGACAAAUCCUUGGCCACCAAGCAGGGAUUACGUAUUGUGUUCGACGAUGGCAGCCGCAUUGUGAUGCGUCUUAGUGGAACAGGCAGCUCAGGAGCUACCGUACGCUUGUACAUCGACUCUUAUGAGAAACAGAAUGUGCUGGGCCAGGCGAGUGUUAUGCUGAAACCGCUAAUAGAUAUUGCAUUGGAAAUCUCACAGCUUCCGAAGUUUACUGGGCGCAAUGCACCCACUGUCAUCACAUAAGCGAGAAAUCUACAGAAUCAACUGCCAUUUAGAUGUUGCUAGCAGCCUGCUUCGGCAUUU